AUGAUGCCUGGAGGCUUAAGUGAAACUAAAUCUGCAACUCCAGAAAUCCAGAAGAUAGUUGAUGAGGUAAAGCCACAGCUUGAAAAAAAGUCCAAUGAAAAAUAUGACCGCUUUGAAGCUGUAGAAUACAAAACACAAGUUGUUGCUGGGACUAUGUAUUUUAUAAAGGUAUGUGUUGGAGGUGAUCAAUACGUACAUUUGAAAGUAUUCAAACCUCUCCCUUACUCUAAUGAGCCAAUGGAGCUGUCAAACUACCAGACCGGCAAAACCAAGGAUGACGAGCUGACCUACUUUUAG